UAUUACAGCUAACCGUUAACACACACACCAGAACAGCAAUAUUAUAUACGUUUUAUUUUUUGAACAGUGUAUCUAUAUCUCCCUCUCAAUGGCCAAUCGUCGUAUCAAUAAAGAGCUAAUUCAGAUGAUGUCCGACAAUAAUAUCCGUAAAAAUCAUUACGCCGUCGAACUGAAAGACGGCAGCGAUUGUCACCAUAUUUUAGGCCAAAUAUUAGGAGCACCGGGCAGUCCGUUUGAAAAGGGUGUGUUCAAAGUGAACAUAGAAAUACCGGCCAAAUAUCCAUUUGAACCGCCCGUUUGCAAGUUUCAGACCCGUCUCUGGCAUCCGAACAUAUCAUCACAAACGGGUGUCAUAUGUCUGGACAUACUGAAGGACCAGUGGGCCGCCUCCAUGACCAUCGAAAGUGUACUCAAAUCGUUGCAAUCGUUUCUGUCGAGUCCCGAACCCAGAGAUCCACAGGAUGCGGUAGUGGCCAACCAGUAUAUCAGCGAUCGUAAUCUGUACAGCAAAACGGCCCGAUACUGGACCUACUGGUAUGCCAUGAGCGACGACGACAAGAAAUCAGUGGACAAACAACAGUUUAUGGAGUUCGAGGACAAGAUAGCUAUGUUGAUGGCCGCGACUCCCGCUAAAUGCUCGCGUGAGUCGGCACUGUUUGCCCUGUCCUGUCACAACUGGGAUGUCAAUUUGGCGCUCAAGUUUGUAUAGUAGAGGACAAGUAGAGUGAAGGACAAGUAGGUGUUAUUAUUAUUGUUAUGGCUUCUCAUAUUACAGUACUUACCCAUCAUCUCCUUUAGUAUCAUUAAAA